AUGGCAGCUGGAGAUUUGUUAAAUGACGUUUAUAAUAACACAGGCAAGAGUGCUCAGUGUUUGUAUAUAUGUGACAAUGUGUAUACGAUAUUUCAUUUUAUUGUUACAAUUGGUGCCUUCGGUAUAUUAGCUGUUGUUGGUUUGGUCAGUAACUUGGUCAGUAUGGUCAUCUACGCAACAGUAGGCCUUAAAGACAGCAUGUCUGUCAGCCUCUUCGCUUUGUCCUUCACAGACUUUGCGGCCUCGGUCAUCCAGAGUAUGAUGGCUGCGACUUAUCUGGCCAGCGAGAUCUAUCCAUCCUGCCCCGUGGAUCUCCAGGUCAUCGCCUUCGUCUUCAUGGGCUGGUCCCUCAACGCGGGGCACCUUAUCUCAUGCUGGCUGACCGCUUUUAUCUCUGUGGAGAGGUGCCUCUGCGUGGUGGCUCCUUUCAGAGUGAAACAGAUCUUUACAGUACAACGCACCGUCAUAAUGCUGCUUGUAAUCUACUUGAUACACGUAGCUACACUCCUGCCUGUCUUUAUCUCCGAGACGAUGCAGUGGGUUAGCCUCGACGAUUCCAAGAAUCUUAAUUCUAACAUAUCUAAUGAGCGGGAAAUGCAAUACACGGUCAUAUUUACGGAUUUUUCCGAUGCAGUGGAAACUGCUGUUGAUAUUACCACCAGUAUGUUUCUCUUUACAGUCUCGCAGCUAGUACUGGUAAUCUGUUCCACAUUGCUGACUUGCGCAUUGAAAGCUUCUUCUUCCGUGCGUUUACGGUCCUCCGAUUCCGUUGACAGUUUACUCCAGACAAGGAAAAGGAGGUCAAAGCUGUCCAUCCAAGAAAAGAAGCUGAUUCGAAUGGUGCUAUCACUAGCGGUCCUACAAAUGGCCUGUAACGUCCCGAGGCUGUCUCUGAUCGUAUUCUACAACGCGUAUCCAGGGAUCGGUGCAGACGACAGAGAUUUCGCAGAAGUGAUCUGGGCACCUGCUUCCGUGUUUAUAAAUAUCGGCUGUACCGCCAAUACUUUCUGUUACUAUUUUCUAAACUCUAGCUACAGGAAGGUGUUUAAACACAUGACAGGUUUAAAGUCAAAAUAA